UCCAGCUCUGUGUUUGUGCAGAAGGGACAUGAUGUUCGUCUGGAUGUCCUGGGAAAUGUUCAACUGAAAAAAGAUAUUGAUGUGCUAUUUUGGAAGUUUAACACAACAAUCAAUGUUGCAAAGUACCCCCCAAAAGUAACCUUUGAAAGGUACAAAGGUAGGGCUGAAAUUAUUGAGGGAAACUUCUCUCUGCUACUGAAGAACCUACAGGAAGGAGACAGUGGAACUUAUAGUGCAGUAGUGUCUGGUAACAAAGACAUCAACGUUGCUACAUACUUGAUAGAAGUCCAAGGUAUGGUUCUAUUUUAUUAUACAGUGACACAGUUACAGUAUCAAUCAAUAGAGCUAGACAUGGUGUUUUUAGGUUAAAGGCUAAUUCUUUAGAUGCAUUGGUACUCUAGCUCAUGUACUCAGGUUAAUAUACGAACGAUAAUGGGUUUCUAUGUGUUUUCAGAGCGAGUUCAGCCUCUAGACAGUGAACUCUAAGUCCUCCAUCAAUGGCACCUGUAUAUGCACGCACACUAAACUAGACUGCAUGUUAUAUGCUUUGUUGACUUUGUAAUUUUUAUGAUUACUGUAUUUCCAGAACCAGCGUUGGAGGAAGUGGAUGACUCCUAUGUCAAAGUCUGGAUACCUGUCGGCGGCCUCAUCGUAGUUGGAUUACUCUUCCUGAUUGGCGUUGUUCUUUGGCAAAAGAUGAAUAAAGGUAAGCUCAUUGCUCCUUCUGCAGGAUCACUCUUAAUACAGUAACUUCAUUAUGUUCAUUAAACUAUUGUGAUAACAUCAUUUUGUAUGCAUAUAUAAAUACACUACAUUACCAAAAGUAUGUGGACACCUGGUCAUCGAACAUCUCAUUUCAAAAUCAUGGGCAUUAAUAUGGAGUUGGUGCCCCCUUUGCUGCUAUAACAGUCUCCACUCUUCUGGGAAGGCUUUCUCCUAGAUGUUGGAACAUUGCUGCGGGGACUUGCUUCCAUUUAGCCACAAGAGCAUUAGUUAGGUCGGGCACUAAUGUUGGGCGAUUAGGCCUGGCUCGCAGUCGGCGUUCUAAUUCAUCCCAAAGGUGUUUGAUGGGGUUGAGGUCAGGGCUCUGUGCACGGGGGCAUUGUAAUGCUGAAACAGGAAAGAGCCUUCCCCAAACCGUUGCUACAAAGUUGGAAGCACAGAAUCAUCUAGAAUCUAAAUGUAUGCUGUAGUGUUAGGAUUUCCCUUCACUGGAACUAAGGGGCCUAGCCCGAACAAUGAAAAACAGGCCCAGACCAUUAUUCCUCCUCCACCAAACUUUACAGUUGGCACUAUGCAUUGGGUCAGGUAGCGUUCUCCUGGCAUCCGCCAAAAUCAGAUUGGUCCGUCGGACUGCCAGAUGGUGAAGCAUGAUUCAUCAUUCCAGAGAACGAGUUUCGACUGCAUCCAAUGAGUCCAAUGGCGGCAAGCUUUACACCACUCCAGCCGACGCUUGGCACUACGCAUUGUGAUCUUAGGCUUGUGUGCGGCUGCUCGGCCAUGGAAACCCACUUCAUGAAGCUCCCGACUAACAGUUAUUGUGCUGACGUUGCUUCCAGAGGCAGUUUGGAACUCGGUAGUGUGUUGCAACCGAGGACAGACAAUUUUUACGCGCUACAUGCUUCAGCACUCGGUGGUUCCGUACUGUGAGCUUGUGUGGCCUACCACGUUGUGGCUGAGCCGUUGUUGCUCCUAGACGUUUCCACUUCACAAUAACAGCACUUACAGUUGACCGGGGAAGCUCUCGCAGGGAAGAAAUUUGAUGAACUGACUUGUUGGAAAGUUGGCAUCCUAUGAAGGUGCAACGUUGAAAGUCACUGAGCUCUUCAGGAAGGCCAUUCUACUGCCAAUGUUUGUCUAUGGAGAUUGCAUGGCUUGUGUGCUCGAUUUUAUACACCUGUCAGCAAUGGUGUGGCUGAAAUAGGGGUGUCCAUAUACUUUUGGCCAUGUAGUGUAUAUACAGUACAUAUAUACUGUAUAUUUUUGGAUCAACUCUGAACAUCUUACUUUUACAUCUUUAUUGGAUUUUUAUGUUGUUGAAUUAUAGGUGGCGAAAAGGAAAUGAUAAACACAGAGUAUGCUUCAGUCAGGGUAAGAUACUGUACCUCAACUACAAAAUGUUAGUAGAAAAUGUAUACAUUCUAAAUUCUAAAUUAACGGUAAACUUAUGUUCAUUUAAUGCUUAUAUUGUUGCGCAUUGAACAGCCACUGAGAAAUGUUUUAAUUUAUUAAGUCAUUAAAUACCUUGUUUUAUACCUGGUUCACUAUUCAUAAAUACAUAGUGAAGCUUUUACUGUAUUUUUUUACUCUCCAGAUUAAAGAUAACGGCCAAGCAGGUGGUGAAGAGCAGGUCUGUCCAGCAUCCCCCACCAUAUACAGUAUGGUGGGAGGCCACCGCCCCAAGCCUGUGAACCGCCCCACCAUGGUGGGAGACCAGCCUCCACCCGUAGACCUCCCCAUGACCUCCAUGCCUGAGAGUUUAUAUGCUGAGGUGGGGAAUAAGGAAUUG